AGAGAGGCCAGGCGCGCGCCCGUUUUGCCGCCGGGGCGGCAGUUGCAAAUCCAGGCUUGCGGAGGGCCGUGGCGCGUUGGUUUUGUGUUGCCGCCGGACCUCCGUAAUGGAUGUAUGUCCGGCCGGCCGGCAUGUCUGUCGUCGUUCGGGCGCCAGCAAAAAAGGCCCGGGGUGGAGCUGGUGCGCGCCCCUGUGCAGUGUCCCCUACCCGGGUGUUGCCCAGCCAGGAUUGGCCUUCGGCUCGCUAUUCCGUGGCAUUAGCCCCUCCACAUAAUGGCUCCCGGUUGUUGUUUGUUUCCGCAGUUGUUCC